UUGAAUCAAAAACAUCCCACCGGAAAUCUGGUUUCCCGGUUGACAACCCGCGUAGCGUCUGUCAUGACGUCCGGCGUGUUUUUUUUUUUACAUUUUUUUCCUUUUCCCUUUUUUCUCUUUUCUUUUUCUCUUCCCUUCCUCCUUCCCAUUCGCAAAGAUGAGACUUGCAGGAGAAAUUCGAGGUUUGCCUACCGGCCCUACCCCCACCGCCGAGGACUGUGGCUGCCACCGUCCUCGGGAACUGGGACGACAAUCUUCGGGGACCGUGGUCUCCAUCGUUACGUUGUUUGAGUUCCCCAGAUUUUUGGAGUGAGGUGAAGGCGCCGACUAAGUGGAGUGAAGGACGGCACCACAAUAAUGGAGUGAAGUGGAGCGAAGGGCGAAAUCUGAGUGCAGUGUGAAGUCCAGUGGCUGAUUGCGGUGAAUUCUGGUGGCUGAUUGCAGUGAAGUUCGGCUGCAAUGUGCAGCAAAAUUCGACGGUGGAGUGCAGUGUAACUGUUGGAAUAAUCUUAAAUUUUAAUUAUUAAUUUUUUGGUUUAUUUAUUUAAGUUAUGUUUUAAUUAAGAUAUGGUUUGUUUAUCCGUAAAUUUUUAUUUAUUAGUGUCUUGUAUUAGUUGAUUUGGUCUAAUAUUUAAGGAGAUCUUUUAGGAUGUUGAGGAGAUGUGGAGCACGUCCAGGAGGUUAUUCCAUUAUGGUUCCUACUUUGUAGCUCUAGACUUUAAAAUUUCCUUUAAAUACUUUGUAUUCCAAGUUUAUAAAGGCGAAGGAGAAAUGGUUUGCUCUCAAUUGUUCUCUAUUAUGUGUGAGUGUUUCUGCCGUGCUUAUAAUAUGUAAACAACAUUUGGUAUCAGAGCCUAGAUCUAAAGAGCUUGUGAUAUUCAAUGGCAUCAAACAAUUUCUCCAUCUCUAUUCCAGUGUUCAAAGGUGAUAACUAUAUUCAUGGGCCAUCAAAAUGAAAGAAUACAUGAAAGCUCUUAUUUUAUGGGACGUCAUUGAGAGUGACAGUGAGCCUACUCCUCUUCCAGAAAAUCCAACAACAGUCCAAAUCAAGAAACAUGAAGAAGAAAUGGCACGAAAGCCAAAGGCACUUUCAUGUAUUCAUGCAGUGGUGUCCGAAGAGAUUUUCACAACAAUCAUGGGUGGUGAGUGUCCUAAAGAAGCAUGGGAGAAAAUUAAAGAGGAGUUCGAAGGCAACCAACAAACCAAACUCAUGCAAAUUCUCUGCCUCAAAAGGGAGUUUGAGAUGAUGGGGAUGAAAAGUAACGAAGGUGUCAAAGAAUAUGGGAAUAGGUUGAUGUCCACUGUCAAUCAAAUCAAAUUACUUGGGGGAGAUUUUUCAAGUCAAAGGGUUGUGGACAAGCUUUUGGUAACGCUUCCGGAGAGAUAUGAGACUAAGAUCUCUUCACUUGAAGAUACUAAAGAUCUCUCAAAAUUAACCGUCAACAAAUUAAUCAAUUCUCUCCAUGCCGUUGACCAAAGGAGAUCAAUGAGGGAAGAAGAAAAUGGAGGAAAAAAUGAGGGGCUCCUGUUAGCUAAAUCCUCAUUCUCAAAACGCACUGGCAAUAAAUUUAAAUGCAACCAUUUCCAUAAGAUUGGUCAUGAAGAAAAGGAUUGUUGGCACAAAGGAAAGCCACAAUGCUUCAAAUGCAAAAGGUAUGGGCAUCUGGCAAAGAAUUGUAGAUUCCAAAAUGAUGAAGAAGACUUGGCACAUUUGAUCGAGGCAGAACCUCUCCUUUAGAAUUAUUGGUGAUUAUGUGCACCAUGGAGAGACGUGCUCUAAAAUGUUAAUUUUGAUGAGACGUGCAUCAUAAUUUGGUGGUGAUGAGAAGUGCAUCACAGAUGAAGAGAAGUGCUUCGUAAAUUUAAGAUUAUGUGGGUGAUUGUUGGAAUAAUCUUAAAUUUUAAUUAUUAAUUUUUUGAUUUAUUUAUUUAAGUUAUGUUUUAAUUAAGAUAUGGUUUGUUUAUCCGUAAAUUUUUAUUUAUUAGUGUCUUGUAUUAGUUGAUUUGGUCUAAUAUUUAAGAAGAUCUUUUAGGACGUUGAGGAGAUGUGGAGCACGUCCAGGAGGUUAUUCCAUUAUGGUUCCUACUUUGUAGCUCUAGACUUUAAAAUUUCCUUUAAAUACUUUGUAUUCCAAGUUUAUAAAGGCGAAGGAGAAAUGGUUUGCUCUCAAUUGUUCUCUAUUAUGUGUGAGUGUUUCUGCCGUGCUUAUAAUAUGUAAACAACAGUAACAAGAGUCUAUUCAAGUCAGGAGCUCAUGACCAGAA